AUGGGUAGAAAAGGGCUCGGAAAGAAGGGCGCUAGCGCCGUCAAUCUCAGUUACAACCCCCCGACGAUCAUGAAGCUCACUGCUGCAAUUUUGUGCUCGAUUGCUUUUGCAACUACUUUUGCCGCUGAUGUCCCAGAGGGUCAUACUGUAGUUGCUCAAUGCAAAUGCAGUGAUUUGGAUGAAUGUGCCGAGACCAUCGCUACUAAAACCAACAACUGCAAGAAGAAGGCUGAAUGCACCAACUUCCUUAAAGAAAUUGGAGAUGUCACCAAGAUUAUGGCAUGCUUGGAUGCAGACCACGAACAAAUGAUGAAAGUUGAGGCAUGUGCCAAGAAGAAGUUGAAUGGAGAGCUUGGAUGCACCAACUCUGCUACCCCAGUCAACCUUACCAUCCCACUCAUCCCAGUCAUUGAAAUCCCGUCUUUGGAAGAAUCGGGAGCUGUUCCAGUCGGAGAGCAGGCUAAUGCUCAAGCCGAGCCACCACUCCAAUUGAGACAAUACCUUAUGUGCAUUGAUGAGUGCACCCAUGACGAUAUGGAAGUCAUUCCAGGAAGAAAGAAGAGAAGCCCAGCUACCUGCGCAUUCAAGCUGAAGUGUGCUCUUGCUCCACCAUCCGACUCUACUCAGAACGCUUACACCGAGUGCCAAAAGGAGCUCGGCUACGACCCCACCAAGGGAGCUGCUGACUCAUGCAAGUGCCUCAAGGCUGCUGGAGUCAAUAUGACCUGCCCAAACUAA